GUGCUAAAACGGAACGUCCCUCAGCGACCGACCAGGUUCUUGCCGGGGUCGCCUACUGCUGACGUGUGCCGACCGGCUUCUGGCCGCGGUGUGGGUCGCUAUGGCGGUGGACAUCACACUCCUCUUCCGGGCAAGUGUCAAGACGGUGAAGACACGGAACAAGGCUUUGGGAGUGGCGGUGGGUGGCGGGGCCGAUGGCAGCCGGGAUGAGCUGUUCCGCCGAAGCCCUCGGCCCAAAGGAGACUUCUCCAGCCGGGCCCGUGAAGUGAUUUCUCACAUUGGGAAGCUGAGAGAUUUCCUCCUGGAACACAGGAAGGAGUAUAUUAAUGCUUACAGCCAUAGCAUGUCUGAAUAUGGGAGGAUGACGGACACAGAGCGAGACCAGAUAGACCAGGAUGCUCAGAUAUUCAUGAGGACCUGUUCAGAGGCAAUUCAGCAACUCCGAACCGAAGCCCACAAGGAGAUACAUUCCCAGCAAGUGAAGGAACACAGGACCGCAGUUCUGGAUUUCGUUGAAGAUUACUUAAAAAGAGUGUGUAAGCUUUACUCUGAACAAAGAGCCAUCCGAGUUAAGCGUGUGGUGGAUAAGAAGAGACUAUCUAAGCUGGAACCUGAGCCAAACACAAAGAGGAAAGAACCCCCAUCUGAGAAAGCCUCACAGAAUGCUUCCCAGGACUUGGAAGAAAAGCCUGCCGCCGAGGAGUUGCCAGAAAAGCCUUUGGCUGAAGCACAGCCUGAACUGGGAACCUGGGCCGAUGGCAGGGGUGAAGAUGAGCUGUCUCCAGAAGAGAUCCAGAUGUUUGAACAAGAAAAUCAGCGACUCAUUGGUGAAAUGAACAGCUUAUUUGACGAAGUGAGGCAAAUCGAAGGGAAGGUCGUUGAAAUUUCCAGACUCCAAGAGAUAUUCACUGAAAAAGUUUUGCAACAGGAAACUGAAAUAGACAGCAUUCACCAGUUAGUUGUGGGGGCAACUGAAAACAUCAAGGAAGGCAACGAAGACAUACGCGAGGCCAUCAAAAACAACGCCGGCUUCCGAGUGUGGAUCCUCUUCUUCCUCGUGAUGUGUUCCUUCUCCUUACUCUUCCUUGACUGGUACGACAGCUAGCCCACGAGAGCUGCCCCUGUGUCCGCACUGCUGUCUCUCCACACCACGUGCCAGCAUGUGUCUCUCCCCAUGGAUAGCUGUGUAAGAUCCAAGGGCUGGGGGGACAUGGCCCCCAAGCCAACCUUUGGAACCUGUCAGGACCUGGAAGUGCAUGGAUUGAAAGUGCCCUAGGCAGUCUUCGGGGGCAGAGGAUAAAGGGGGGAGGCAGUCAGGAGCUGCAACUCCUGGAGGGGCCACAAGCAUGGCAGGGCUGAGCAGGGCAAGGAUGUGGCACCCCUGCUAUCCCCGUUACAGUGCUUGGGGCCUUGUCUCCUGCCCUUCCCACACCAGUAGCUUCAGGGGAGAACAUGCCUAAUUGUUUCUAAAGUCAUUGGUUUUUAUGUCCUCAUGGCAUCUAAUGUGUGCUGAUAUGUGGCCAUUUUGUCAGAGAAAACAAUUCACAUCUGCCUUGUCAAGCUAAUAAAUGCAAUUACAGCCA